GUUGGUGGAGAUGACGUUUGUUUAUGUGAAGUGAUCGCCGGAGUUUCGAUUAUAGUACAUUGUUCAGUCUGCCUUAUUUUCCCAGAUAAAGACUAGGAGGAAAGAAAGUUAUGGGUAACCAGGAUGAAGGGUGGCCUUUGGGACUGAGACCGCUUAAUGCAAGAGUUGGGUUGAUGAGAAGAGAGUUAUCUGCUGGUUCAGCUUCGUUUAGUACUUUGAUCACUGGCUCUCCUACUUCUACUGCUUCUUCAGAUCUUGAUACAGAGUCAACUGGGUCUCUAUUACAUGACAAUGGCAUCACACUUGGGAGCCUCAUUGGAGUGUCUAGCAUUUUCGACCUCUCUCGAAGAUCAAGCAUGGGAAGAAGGACAAUAGAAGCCUCGAAGAACAAGAAGAAUUGCAAAACCAAGUAUUGGUUGUUUUCACUCUGCUCCAAGCUGACCCCUGAAGAUGUGGAUGUGAGUAAUACUCCUUCUCUAGGUCACUUUCUCGAGGCAGAAAGAAGAGGAAGUACCAACACUAACAGAAGAAAUCCAAGACCAACCGAAUACGGACCUGACGAUUUCUCACCUGCUGUGCCGGUUUCAGAAGCAAACGGGCUAUUUGUGGAUGGUGUAGUUGCAGCUGCUCAGCCUUCAAGUGCUUCAGGGAGUGCAGAUAAUGGUGGAACAAUAUCAAACAAUGAGGAGUUAAUAGAAUAUGGAAACGGAUUCAGAACCCCAUUGCUGGUUUCAUGUAUGUGUGGACAACUAGUUAAAUGA